AGAAGAAGAAAAAAAAGAGAGUGAAAAUUAAACUAAUUGAUCACAAAGUUUGAUUCCGCUCCUCUACUUAAAUAGAAUUGACGUACAGAAUCGAAACUGAAUCAUAUUAUAUUCAAUUUGAUCCGCGAUCAGGUUCAAUAUCCACCGACUUGCGCCCCCCUAGCGCCUCUGCUCCCUUCUAUAAAUAAUUAGAUGCCACACUCUCUAGAAUGAAAAAUACAACAGCCAGUAAUCAGCUGAACACAGGUAGUAAUGGAUCACAAGGAGACGCCAUUAACGGAAGUUGCUGAAGUGCUUCACAUGAAUUCAGGGACGGGAGGAACCAGCUACGCCACCAACUCCUUGCUUCAGCAAACGGUGAUACGGAUGACGAGGCCGAUCAUGGAGGAGGCGAUAAGGAAACUCCACACGUCGAUGAGCUUCCCAGCGAAACUAGCGGUCGCCGAUUUGGGCUGCUCGUCCGGGCCCAACGCGCUCUUCGUCGUGUCGGAUCUCAUCAAGUUCGUGGGCCGACUAUGCGACGAGCAGGCCCACCACAAGUACCCUGAAUUCCACGUGUUUUUGAACGACCUCCCGGGGAACGACUUCAACACCAUCUUCAGCUCCGUACAGAGCUUCCAUGAAAGGCUGAAUUCAGAGUACUCCGUGUUCAUCAAUGGAGUUCCUGGCUCGUUCUACGGCCGGCUUUUCCCCACAAACAGCCUUCACUUCGUCCACUCGUCCUACAGCCUUCAAUGGUUGUCGAGGAUACCUGAAGAAAUAGUGGAAGCGAACAAGGGGAACAUUCACAUGGCGAGAAGCAGCCCUCGAGGUGUUUUGGUGGCGUAUUACAGGCAGUUUCGGAGCGAUUUUGGAAAGUUCUUGAAGUGUCGAGCUGUGGAAAUGGUGGCAGGAGGUAGGAUGGGAAUUAUAGAUCAGGAGAAGUUGGACAGCUUCAACAUCCCACAAUACAUGCCGUCGCCGACGGAGGUGGAAGCGGAAGUAAAGAGACAGGGAUCCUUCGCCAUCGAUCGCCUGGAGGUUUCCGACGUAAGUUGGGCUGUCUGCAGCGGCACCGAUGAAUGCAACAUGGAAAACGGCGCCGGAUACAACGUGGCAAACUGCAUUAGAGCGGUGGCAGAGCCGCUGCUGGUCAGCCACUUUGGCGCCGGCGGGGAAGAAGUCAUCGACGAAGUUUUCAGGAGGUACGCGGCCAUCGUGUCGGAGCGAAUGGCCAAUGAGAAGACCGAAUUCGUCAACGUCAUUGCCUCGCUCACUAAGAAGAGGGUGAGCCCACAAGCCCAUGUUUAAAUGUUUAUUUAGCCCAUUAGUCUUAUAGUAACCUACGUAGAAUCGGCUAGAAUGGUAAUUGGUCGGUUACCGGUAUACUGAUUGGUCUCAAAUGGCCACUGACGACGACCGGUACCGACACAGACUAAUCGGUUACUCGGCCACCGGUUAGCAACCCAGUAAAUUUGCUACCGGUUUUCUUAUUGGGCCUGUCAUCCUUGCUCUAAUAAUACUGCGCCAAUUAAGAAGGCCUCAGCCCAGUACGGAGAGCCAUCUUGUUCACAGCCCAAAAUAAGAUUAAAGAAGACUCAUCCGGU